UGGUCCGUCCCUUGGUGCCCAGAACCCCCUUGGAAACUUGGAAGGGGGAGGGCCAGUUGUUCUCAAGUUACAAAAGAGGCCACAUUGCCUACUUUUUGUCCACAUUCUUGUUACCACAUUGCACUACAGCACAACUCCAUCGAACACUCUGUCCUUUCCAUUACAUCCAAGCACCUCACUACGCUGUUGCCUUGCUUAGGUGACUCACCAAAUCCAGUCUGACUCAUUCAUCGAGUCGACACAGCCCCAUCAUGCCUUCUACUUAGCACAGCGGCUUUGGCUAUAUACCUUUUUCCCCUUUUCUGAGGAGUUAGGACGGCACCUCGAUACUGCACAACCCACAUCCAUCACUUUCCGAAAUCCCCGGAUCUUCCACCCCACUCUCCCGGCAGCGCGACUGCAUCACCCAAGUCCUCCAACCAACUAGUUCCACUCGAGGCGAAAGUCAAGAAGGAAAAUUCGCCAUCAUGGACACAAAGCCUGCAAUGGCCUCGUGGGAAGAAACAUCACCAAUGAUCAAGUUCGAGGACUCGCCAGCCGAGUCCUUUGUUUCCACACCAGGAGAACUGUACCCUUCACUGUUUGGUGACGCGAAUUCGGUCACCGACAACACUGUUGACCCAACCGACAUGUUGACUCCGCCCCCAUUCAACGACGAAGCCGCUAUUUCGGCGUCCGUUGCCACAACUCCCGCUCCUUCCGGGGCUGAAUCCGUCUCGGAGAAGAAACAGACAAAGAAGAGGAAGUCAUGGGGCCAGGUUCUUCCCGAGCCAAAGACGAACCUUCCUCCUAGGAAACGCGCCAAGACAGAAGACGAGAAAGAACAGCGGCGCGUUGAGCGAGUACUCCGUAAUCGUCGUGCCGCCCAGUCCUCUCGUGAACGCAAGCGUCUGGAGGUCGAGGCUCUCGAGCGACGCAACAAAGAGCUUGAGUCGGCCUUACAAAACGUCACCAAAGCUAAUCAGCUCUUGGUGGAAGAACUCAACAAGUUCCGCCGUGAUUCGGGCAUGUUGAAUCGUUCUUCAUCCCCUCUCGACCCACUUCACACCAACUCAGUUACCCUAUCCCAAGAGCUUUUCAGCUCCCAGGACGGUCACUGCCCUUCCAUGGAUGAGACGAAGUCCCUUGUCGAUGACUUGAUGACCUCAUCUCAGUCCAACGCCACUGUCAAUCCUGCGUCGCUAUCCCCUGAGCUCUCGCCCAUAACCGAGAACAACGAGGCGAACGGCGAGGAGCAGCAAACAGCCGAGACCUCUAUUGCGAAGUCUACCUCCGACCUGACACAACGUCCUGCAGCGAUGUUGUGCGACCUGCAGUGUCAUCUGUCGGAGGAGCUUCCGCAAUCAUGGCUGGCCUCUCAAACCCCUCUGCAUCCGACCUUGGCCUUCUAUCUGCAGCUUCAGACUCUGUUGGUCACUUCAGCGGUGAUCCUUUCAGUAUGUCAGCGGCCCUUGACGCAGAUCGCUAUGUCCUUGAAAGCGGGAUUCUCUCUUCCCCCAACUCCCUCGAUUAUGAACACGAUUAUCUGGCUGGUGACUCUUCCGCCUUCUUCCAGGACCCGUUCGACAUCAAUGAGUUCCUCCACGACGAGGUCAACGGUGCAGUCGUCGCAGCGGACCCGGAAUCCGGCUACGAUGCUGCCAACUCUGAGACUCAAGUCUCUUCAGAGAAUCCUAACCUGCAGCCCCACUCUGGCGCGUCCACUUAUGGAUGCGACGAUGGAGGCAUUGCGGUUGGUGUCUGAGGGGUGCGAUGAACGGGUUGGGGUAUUGUCUGCCGAAUCUCCGGCGCAGCGCGACAGCAGCCGACAGCCACGAACAUGGUUAAUCGGUGCAUCGUUGCCGUCUAAAGAGGUUCUCUUGACAUUGGCAUGGGCUCUAAAAAUCGAAGAGCGGAAGUUGAUUCGCAAGGGUGUACUCCAAAGUCAUGUGACAUCAUCCCCAAAACCGGCUGAUAGCACCUCAAUGCCCAACAUCAAUUAUGUGUUGACAUUGGCCUCGAAAAGGAAGCGAGGAGAGGCGGACAUGAGCGGACCUGGGAAGCGUUUUCGGUUGGCUUGAUUAGGGCAUAUGGGAAACCGGUGCAUCAUGGCGUAAAGGUGGUGCCCAGGAAGGUUAUAGGCUUACCAUUGGAUCUGUAUCAUUGCAUUUUGUCGAAUGAAUUGUCGCCUUGCGACCGAUGACCAUCAAAUUGUCUGUAUGUUGACGUGAGUUUUGUUGACGAGAAUUAUCCAUGUCCCUCAUGCCUACUACUAAAUUUUCAGCAAAUGGGGACAUGUUCUGG